AUGAAGGGCCGCGCCAUCGGAAAGAAGUUGAAGAAAAAAAAAAAAAAAAAAAAGCAAAAAAUCCAAAAGAGGAAAAAAAACGGAAUUGAAGAGGCCAAACUGGCAUACCUCAGUUUCCUUUGCGAAGAGGAUGACAUAAAUUUCUUUUGCAAUUUUGAGGAGGAAUGGGAACAGAAGAACUCGCGAAGAGCUUCCAACGAAGGACCCCUCGCUUGUUGCAACACCUUGAGUGUGCCCCCUUCUAAGAGUGACGCCGUGGAACAAUCCUACCUCCGCACGCUGCUCCAAAAUGAGGACUUCACUUGCGACAAACGGUCCUGCUCAUCUGUGGGAUUCAUUUUCGAUAAGAUCUUUUUGCGCUUUGCCAAUUUGGACGAGCAGCUUCGUAGGGAUGUCCGUUUGGGGAGGUCCUUCCGAAAGGGGAAGAAGAGGAGGAGAAGGAGUGGAGCGACGAAAGAGAAACCACUCAGGGGGGUAACCCAAGUGGGUGCCUCGAAACUGUGUGCAAAUAAAAAUGGUGUCUUCCGAGGUAGCCCCUAUGGAAACACCCCAAACGAAUCAAUUUUAAGAGAAAAAAGGAUCAUGUAUGAAGCCGAUCAGGAUGCGGUGUUUCACCACUUGGCAUACAGCCAGCUGCAGGAUAGCCUUCUUCAGUUUUACCUCCCCCCGGGGGGGUAUGCCAGCGGGACCCCCCUACGUAAAAAUAGAGCAACCCGAGCGGACGAGGGUCAGCGCCGCGGACGCUAUGGCAUUGGCGGUGCGGGAAGCAAGACAAAGGGGGCUCUCCUUUCGAGGGGGAAACUACCCGCUCGUGGAGUGGAAAAAAACACAAAAAAGGCAAAAAAGGCAAAACAAACAGAACAAACAAAGAAAACCAAACGAGCAAAACACAUACUGCCCACUGCGAAACGGCGAGGCAGUCGCCACACAGGUGAACGCACCGAAAGGGUGAAAACCGACGGGGUGGGCGCCACACACCGGUGUUCGCACCCCAAGUCGCUCCUCCGCUUGUACAAUUACUCCUCCAGCGAAGACAGCGAUAUGACCUUUUUGAAAUUUUUACCUGAACCGUUCAGAAAAAAAAAAAAAAAAAAAAACAAAUCCCCCAGGGAAACCUCCACACAGGGGAAGAAACCACACAAGAGGGAGCUGCAAAACGACGCUGCUGCCAUUUUUGAUGAAAUUAUGCAACUGUGCAGAAGGAGAGAAAUAUUCGCUUUUAAGAAGAAAAAGAAGAAGUCCUCAAGGGGGGGUAAUGUGACCCACGUAAAGGGAGAGCGAACCGUUUUUCCGGCAGAGCUAUCUAACCAUGGCGGGAAAGGAGAUCACUCGUUUGCCGCUUCCAACCGGGGGUUGAAUCCCCCCACUGGGAGGAACCUCUCGGCCUGUCCCACCAUGAGUGGCUACCACGAAGGGUUUAGAAAUCAUCAUGUAAGGGCACACCUCCUUGGAAGCGGUGCGACACCUCAUGUUCCCCGCUUGACGAAGAAGAGAAGCUUUAGUGAAAGUUCUCCCAUUGUGGAGAGGCACCCGGAAAAGCGCUCAAAUUCGAGGGCAGUCAAAGUAUGCAGGGUAGGUGUGCCCCCCCCUGCCUCUACUGCUUCGACUGCCCAUGGUAGACAGCAUAGGGGGUAUGCCUCCUCCGUUGUUCCGCCAAACUGUGGGGAUAGCAGAGCGGAGUGGUCUCGCUUCCCAAACCUGAUGAGCGCAAAAAGGGGGAAAGAAAAAAAAAUGAUGAAAAUGCAAAUCUUGGAAGGAUUAAACCAAAGGAGGUACGACCCUGGGCACCUUGAACGGAUGGUCAGCAGCAAGUGCUUCCCCUUAGCGGGGGAAAAGUUAAGACAUGCAUUGAGGAGAAACGUAGGGGUUACACUACUUGGAGGGGAUAAGAACCCAAAGAAGAAGACAAAAGAACCCAUUGGUGCAUUCAGCUGGAGCGGAAAAUGGUCGUCUGCAAAGAAACUACAGUUUUGCUCUCUCUAUGUGGAUGAGAGUUACGAAAUGGUUGUGCAGAUGUACAGGCGUGAGUAUACCCCGAACGAUUUUUACUUAACCUACGUGUAUGCGAUGGCGUUACUCAAAUUGGGGAGGUACGCCCUCUGUUGGGAGUACCUCCUAGGAGUUGGCUCAACUGCCGCAACCGAAGCAGCUUGCACAGGGCUGCUUCCCUUCCUCUGGGGCAGGCUAUACGAGAAGCUGUUCCUCUGCAGGCUCAGCGCAGAGGAGUACUCGAAGGUGGUGCUGAACCACGUGGGGAAGUCCACCCCCAGUUUGCACACACAGCUACGCGCACGCGAAGUGAAAGGUGCGUCUCACAGCGGCAGGGCGGACCUGCUGCCAUUCAUUCUUGUCUGCCUAGACAAACUGAUAGGGACAGGGCAACUUAAAAGGAGAGAGGAAAGCACCAUACUUAGGUUCGUUCAGAUGAAUUAUAACUUGGGGAGAGUGCUUAUUUUUUAUUUUUGCAAAGUGGGUUCCACUGGGGGGUUAGCGCACUACCCCGGUGAGGGUGACUACACCAAUGCGCAGAAGGAGGGGACGUUCGGCUGGCCCCCCCACAGGGGCAGGCAUAAGAGCUGCGUGGACGCGGUCAGGCUGUUACACCCGCCUCGCCUUUACAGAGCGGAGGUGGGUCAGGGGGGUGACCGCUUCGCUAGUGAGCGCAUCGGGGGUGAACGCUUCUCCAACACAGCUAGCCGCAACUUCCCCAAUGGCUGGAAGGCGACUCCCCCACGGCCGAGUUUCGCUCCCGCGCGCUGUGCUCACUUGGCCAGGGGGUACCCCCAGCAGGCGACUCCCCGGCGAGACCACCGCCAACUCGCGGGGGCCCUCCUGAGCACCCCCCCCCAGCGCAUGCACGCGGAAGGACACACAAAAGUGAAGAGGCCGCACCAUGGGGGAGGGGCAAACCAGAAGGUGAUAACCUAUAACCAUGGGGGAGUUCUCCCCCCGAGGGGAUUGCUCCAAGUGAGUGGCGGCCUACACAGGGAGGUGCACCCACAUGUUAGUAACCUCCUCAGGGGGGGGGAAGUGAGCGUCUUGGGGAGGUAUAAUCAGCGGAGUGACCCCUUUACGAGUGGAGACAAAGUAGAGGACCUGGAUGAGAAGCAACUCCAGGAUGAGAAGCAACUCCUGGCCCACUUCAACCUUCUCCUUCGAGGGGGGCCCGUGCGCGAGCAGAGAGUCCUGCUUCCCCACUACGACGACCUUUUCGAGUGCCUCUUCGGGGUGCUCUUUCGCUCCUCCUCCAAGUGGGUGAUAAACAGGGCUAUCACUUGGGGAGGGAGCAGAGCAUCCAAUAGGGAGAAGUUAGCGAUGAGACUGAAGCUUAUGGAUGUUUAUGCGGUAGGUGCAUUUUCACCAAAGGGGGAUAGGCCAAUCUGUCACGAAGAGAGCCAUCCUGCAAGGGGGAAGAAGUCUACACAUUGUGCGUACCCCCCGUUGUGGUGCGGAAAACCAAUUCGAAGUGAAAAGGCAAUCCUACCAGACCUUCUCCACAUCAUCCAGUUUUGCCACAAACAUUUCGAUUUUGUGAAUGCAUAUUGUUUAAGUGAGUGCACCUUGCGGAGAGAACACUCGUUGGGAGAAGAGGACGCCAUCCUGCUGUUCGUCGAGUCGAUCACAAGCAUGCACAGCGUUGUAUGUACAAGUCAGCAAAAAAUCCAGCGGCUUCUCCAACUGUACUAUGCGCGGGUGAACUACGUAGCGAGGAAGGCCAGACGGUACUGCCAAAGUGGGAGGCAAACUUAUGGGCACACGAGAGACCACCUUGACUACUACCUACAUGGUGUCAUUGCGCUUCUGAAGGGGGACCACAAACAGGCACUUCUUCACCUUAACAAGUGUGUAAAAUCAAAGGGAAAAUUCUUCCAGGCGUAUGUGAACAUCCUGCACAUACUCUGCUGCUCACCGAGGGGGAAUGCCUUUAACUCGAGACAAAAAAAAUAUAUUUUUCACCUCUGUGUGCAGCUAAAACCGUUCAACUUGUCCCCCUACUUAGUCUACUGUUCCAGUGUGCUCAGGAAACUCCAGUUUGACUUAAAUCGCGAGAGAGAAAAACGGGGGGUUAACAAAAGGAAGAGGAAGAAAAGUUUGCUCAUCGAGUCAACCGCUUUUUUGAGGAACAUUUUUUCCAAAGCAAUGCACAUCGAUAAUGAAAAUCCAUUUUUGCACAACGAGUUAUUUGUUUAUCAUUUUUUACGAAAAGAUUUUAACCAAUGCAAAGUGGUCCUACGCAAAAUGCUACUGACACAAGAGUUCUCCGCUCCCCGAUGUAGCGAUUUCCCUCUUUCCGUUCUCCUGUACAAUUCCAGCGUUUUUUACUUUUUGUGUGAAAAUCACCUGAACAAGUCAGAAAAAAAAAUUAUUCAAAUUUUACACAGCAAUCCCUUUGAUGUAAAAGCUUUGAACCUUUUAACUUUCCUUUUGUUUUUAAAGAGGGAUAAAUACUGGACGCGCUUCUUCGAUUACUCUAUGUACGUGGAGAGGAGUCUCCUCGCGCGAAACGUGGGCAGUCAACGGACAUACUUGUGCCAGAGCUUUUUCAGCCGCCUUCGGGAGACUCGGGACAUGGGGCUGCUCGCCCGGUACUACGGGGCGCUGCGGGCUGUGCGCGCGUCCUUCCCAUUUGUGCUCAAUUACAUCCGCGAGAGGUACUCGGCGCAGUUGAGCAGCGGAGUAACGGAGUGGCAGCGCAGCUGA